AAUCGACACGUUUCUUCUCGAUUGCAGGUUCUCACACUGUUAGCGGGGCUACUGGCCCUGGCCGCGUGCGAGAAGGACAAGACGAUCGAGAAUGCCGCGAGCACGGAGAAAAAGCAGGGCAAGCGCGGCCUGAGCCACUUCGAGGGUGACUACGGCGGGCACGAUGAUGGCGGUUACGAGGGUGGCGAUUAUGGGGGUGGCGGCGGUUAUGGGGGUGGCGGCGGUUUCGAUGGUCACGACAUCGGCGGUGGUGAUAUUGGCGGUCAUGACAUCGGCGGUGGUGACAUCGGUGGCGGCGAUUACGGUGGCGGUUACGGUGGCGGGGGUGGCGGCGGCGACGACCAUGGCAAGGUCAAGCAGAUCACCAUCGUGAAGACCGAGAAAGUACCGUAUCCGGUGGAGAAGAAGGUCCACUACCCCGUGGAGAAAGAAGUACCGUACCCGGUAAAGGUGCCCGUACCGCAGCCGUAUCCAGUCGAGAAGAAGAUACCGGUACCGGUGAAGGUUCUCGUGAAGGUACCAAUACAUAUACCACAGCCCUACCCGGUCGAGAAGAAGGUGCCCUAUCCGGUUCACGUGCCGGUGGAGAGGCCGGUGCCCUACAAGGUGUACGUGCCGCAGCCGUACCCCGUCGAGAAAAAGAUACCGUACCCGGUAAAGGUACCGGUACCGCAGCCGUUCCCGGUGGAGAAACCCGUGCCUUACACCGUCAAGGUACCAGUGCACGUGCCGCAGCCGUUCCCCGUGGAGAAGCCGAUACCGUACCCGGUGACAGUGCCCGUCGAACGACCGUACCCGGUACACGUACCCAAACCGUACCCGGUGCCGGUCGAGAAGCCGGUACCCUACCCGGUAGAGAAGAAAGUGCCCUACCCGGUGAAGGUGCACGUCGAGCGGCCGAUAGGAGUGCCGGUAGAGAAACCAGUGCCCGUCCACGUUAAGGUACCGGUACCGGCGCCAUAUCCGGUAGAGAAGCCUGUACCGGUCCCGGUAGAGAAGCCGGUGCCCUAUGCCGUAAAAGUGCCUGUCGUGAGACCUGUGCCGGUCCACGUGACGAAGCACGUGCCUGUGACGGUGCCCAAGCCGGUGCCGUAUCCCGUAAAAGUGCCGGUGCCGGUAUCAGUGCACCACGAGCACGAUUACGGUUCUUCGGGGGGGUAUGACGAGUCCAGCUUUGGGGGUCACGGGGGAUAUUAGGAUAUUGAAAGGCAAGGCAGUGGAGGAUCGUCUCGCUCGGAGAAAAAUUCACGAAAACGGAAUAGCAGAGAGAUGCGUCGAGAGAGAGAGAGGGAGAGAAGUCACACAAGUAGCUGCCAAAACGAGGAUCUGCUAAUUAUUAAUUAAUUAUCCGACUCGACGCGUCGAUUAACAUUGUAUAUAAAAAAGAAACCAUAUUGAAAUGUACAUAUCCGGGAGGAGAGGAUUAGAAUUAAGCCACGUGGGUUCAUUUGUAUAAAUAGACUAAGACCCAUGUACGUAUACGUGUAGGCUGGAUCUUUCUUUCUUGCGCAAGUCCUCCACUGCUCGCACGAGCGGACGUGUCGGCGCCCAUUCUGGAUGAUACCUUUUUUUACACGUUUCUUCUCAUUUUUUUAACAGUGAAGCACAACCGAGCAAUUCGAUCCGUAAUCGUCGUUGUUUGGCGGGUGAGUUUACGUGAGUUUCGGCAGAGGUUAACGAAGCGUUUGCUUGGCGGAUCAGCGACGGGCACUCGCGAGCCGGAAGUUGCGGUCGCUCGGAGUGCGCGUUCGCCAAGAGACGCGGACGUAUUUAUUUCCCGCGACUCGAGACAUCGUUCUCUCCGCCGCACAAUGUUCUCUCGGCGAGGAAGAUGAGUCUGCAGAACGGCCGCUCCACGUCACGAGGAACGGAUGCUGGGCGCCGCGAGUUCCCCUCCCCCCAGCAGCUUAAACGAUUUUUUAGAUAUAGCGUGUCGACACUUAAGUACCUAUAAAAUACAUGUUGUACUGUGUGUGUCUCUUGCGGCGUUCGCGGGGCGCAUGUAACGCGAACGUUCCCUUUACGACGUCUUUCGCUUCUUUCUAAUAAAACCAAAGAGCAAAACGACAGCCUCGAAAUUGAUCCCAGCCAAUCCUUCCGCGACGUGAUCAGAUGACGGCCACAAGAUUGCCUCCACAAUUCAUCAGCAGUGAAUUAACAACGAUAUCAAACAUUUUGAGCGCUUCCUUCUUGCUUCCUUCCUUCUUUAGAACGAAUAAUAAUUUGUUUGUUUAUCCUUACACGUUUGCCUUGUCUGCAAUAAAUUUCGCACGCCGCGCAAGUCUUCCGCAACUCUCGUACUUCCUUCUUGCGGGCGAGAUUAAGUCGAGCAGCGAAGUGCGACAAGUCAAUCCAGGCGUGUCGAUCCUGAAUGUUCACAGAACCAGUGGUCAAUAUUCAUUGACGAUAGAACGUUAAUGGCCCAACAAUAAAACGCCAAUUGCCCGUUGCAAGACAGAUUUCUUCUUGCGGUUUUGCUCGCCGUUUGUCAAUAUCCUUGAACUUCACGGCGGCGAGCGAUUUAUUUAAUAAUCUCCGAUCGCGUGCGCUCUCUAUCGCGGCAAUACGCCGAUACGCGGUAUUAUUAUAUUCGCGAGGUAUUGUAGCUUCUGGUUCCGGCAACGAACAGGAAGUGCUACAGCACCACCAGCGAAAGCCGUUCCCGCACGAUUUCGGGCGUGCUGCACGCGGAAAUUCGCUCGACGAUAAUUAGCGGCGCAAGAGCCGCAAUGCGUAAUUAACGUCGUGCGCUCGAUGGAAAUGGGACUUUCCUUUAUCUAGCAUAACUAACGAAGGCAAGAGCGUACACGUAACACUUCCGAUUCGAUGAUAUCAGCGCUGUCUUAUGUCUUGUUUUGCCUGGCGAUCUAUCAUCUGGCGCGCGGAUCUCAUCAAUCAUCAAACCGGCACAUCGCUCUAACUCGCCAAUGUCUAACGGGAGAAAGGACCCCCCUUAAGCGUCUUUCUCCCAUUUUUCUUCGCGCGAUCCGCGAAUCGUCAGGGGAGGAACGCAAGAUCGCGGAUCCAAAGUGAAAUCGCCGAUCUUGCGCGCGAGGCUAGGCUGCGCGGAUUAUUUGCCGCGAGCGAAAAGAGUCACGCAGAAAGCGCGUUUCGAGUGUGCAGCAGGUGUUAUUUCAUCGUUAAAUUGACAAGAGAAAUAAUGUCUCUUGUUGAAAUAAUAAUGUAAAAUCCACAUUUAUCCAACACACUGUCAGCCGAAUGACACGAUUGUGAAAACGACUGCGUUUUCAUAUCGUGAUUUAUUGUCAGAGCUCUUUCGCGUAUCUGGUCCUAAUAUAACAAUUGUUAAUCUUAAUUACUAAGAUCAUCGCAAAAUCAGUCAGAAGUUAACCUCGGCUGUUACUUAUGACGUUACGUGAUGAGACUUAAUUACGAGCGCGAGUUUCGAUUCGUGAGUUGAAAAAUCGAAAGCGCGCACGGAGAAAAUUAUUAAUGAUAUAUCACACUUCAACCACGCAAUUGAGAUAUAUUCAUAUAAGAGGCAAGAUUUAUGCGUUAUAGCAAUUAAUCCUUUUAACCCAACGAUAUAAAAAUCUGUCACAGAGAGAGAUUUUCCAUAACAUCUUCUUCUAUGUGAAUUGGAAAUGUUCAAGUUUCGGAUAAAAUUUAUUGUAUAUUGAAGUAAUUGAUUAAUACUCUAUUCAUAUAUUUUCCUAAUAAAACGAUUAAAAACUCAGUUGUACAAAUUUUAAUAUUAUUAGAAAUUUAAACAUACUCUAGUUUAUUAUAUAAACUUCAAUAUUAUAUUUUAUAUCCUAGUAGACUAGUAUGAUGGACUAGUAUGACCAAAACGUUUAUUCCGUGUGCGCAUGAAAAGCGAUCA